AUGGAUCACCUGACAAACAUCAAGAUUCGAAGAUCCAAGGCUGAGGUCCAUCUGAAACCAGCAGCAAAGAAACAAGGCACACUUCAAAGUCGAUGCUCAAUUUGCGUCGAAACAGAGUCCAAAUACACAUGCCCUCGAUGUGGAAUUCAGUACUGCUCGCUGGAAUGCUACAAAGAUGACCGGCAUCAGGAUUGCUCGGAAGGAUUCUUCAAAAAAGAAGUCGAAGAGGUGCUCAAAUCGGACAUGGUCGAGACAGAAGAGAAGAAGAAAAUGAUUGAAAUUUUGAAAAGAGACAAGGAAGAGCGCGAAAAGGAUCUGCUGCCCGAAGAAAUGCUAGAGGAAGAUGAAGAAGGCGAUCAAGAAGAUUUUGAUGCUGACGGAGACUUUGAUGUGGAAGGAAUGCUGGCUCAGCUUUCGAAAGAAGAGAGGGAAAUGUUCGAAAAAGCGCUCAAAGACAAUUCAAUAAUCUCCGAAAUAUCCGAAAAUCUGAAUCUCUGGUGGUCCAGCAACUUCAAAGUCAUUCCCGAAAAUGCUCCGAUUCUUCGGAACCCGCCGCUAUUAUCCGAUAAACUAACGCCUCACUGGACGACUCCUCUCUUUGUUUCAAACCUGGCUGUUGUCUAUUGCUUUAUUUACAGAAGAUAUCUGGGCGAUCCAGAAGAUUUGGUGCAAGAAUGCACCGACGAGAUUUUAAAAUAUGCCGAGUGCUUCAAACCUGCGGAAGAAUCAGAUCCAGAGCAUCAUUUGUAUUCCGUUUUUGAGACGAUAGCGAAAGAAUCGGAUAAUAAAACUGCGCUAAUUGCAUUUUAUGACUCCGUAGAAGUCCUCGAAAACAAACUGAAGCUGAGAAGUGCAUUAUCCCACCUAACGAAUCUACUUCAAACUAAAGGGCUGAAAUCAAAGCAGAAAAAACUCGCCUCGAAGAAAGUCGAAUUCUACCAUUCUUGGGUUUUAUCUUCGGAAAUAAGUGAAAGCCUGUCAUUGCCCGUAAAGCUUUUUUAUCUCGAUAAAAAGCGAGAAAUUGAUGAAUUUGCCCUCAAUGCUGAGAAAGUGUCCUCCCAGUUGGAGAGCGUUAGAAUUUCCGAUUUCAAUUCUGAUACAAGUAGCAAAAAGCUGCUAAUUGAUGAGAUGUCAAUGAGAGUCGGUUGGGCUUGUCUCGCGGCUCUUGCCUCAGCUGCGUCCUUUGACGAGACUGAAGCUGAUUAUACAGUCAUUGUUGGUGCUGGACGUAGAGACUGUUAUUUCCAGCCGAUGAACAAAGGCGUGCCAUUCGAAAUCGAAUAUCAAGUGCUCGACGGCGGUGAUCUCGACAUUGACUUCAUGAUCAUCGGUCCAAGCGGUCAGGUCAUUGUCGACGAGAAACGUCAAGAAGAGGGUCUUCACGAAAUCCCCGGGACUGACAAGGGCCAGUAUCAAAUCUGCUUCAACAACAUGUUCUCCCGAAUGACCGACAAAACGGUCUUCUUUGAAGUCUUCACUGAAGAGGACUACGACGAUUACGAAUACGACGACGAUGACUACUACGAUGACUAUUAUGACGAUGAUAUUCCUGUCGCGAUGAAGCAAAAAGAAAAGAAAGGCGAGUGGAAAAAAGACCUGGUCGAGGAUGAAGCCACCGAAGGAAUGCUCAAGGAGAAGGUUGACGACAUGAUCAGGAAGCUUGUCAAAAUGAAGACAAACUUGAUCCGAACCGCUCAAUUCCAAGCUAUCCUCCGGGCGUUUGAAUCCAAGGACAGAAAUAUCCUCGAAGCUAAUCUCAAGCGAGUCAACAACUGGUCCACUAUUCAUAUGGUCGUCAUGCUCGUCGCGGCGAUUCUCCAAGUAUGCAUUCUUCGAUCCUUCUUCAGCUCAAAACAAACAGCUGGUGGAAACAAGUCAAUGACAUAA